UUUCCCCCACACAUAUCCACAAGGGAGAGCAUGGUUCUCUGCCUGCUAGUUCUGCUGUGUGUGUUUACGGAUGGGGCUGGGACUCUACAGUGGCCGGAACACGUCCUCUGCGAUACCUCACAGACACAACUCACUUAUACCAGCUGUGAUCCGUUUCAGGAUGUUGGUUUCACCAUUAAUAACUGCCCUGUUCGCCAGUCGGGGAAAACCAACAUCAAACUCAAAGUCUCACUUCUGCUAAGGCACUCUAUUGAGGAGCUGUUCCUGUCUGUGGAUGUGUCAGCUGUGGACCAUGGAGUGGAGCAUCACCUCUUCAUGUAUCCUGAAACCUUGUGCCUACGCAGCUUGCAACGCUUCACUUUCUGUGGUCGACGGAGAGGAGAGCUGAUGAAUCAAGACUGGCCUGUGGAUCUGAAGGUUGAGUUGAAGGGGCAUUAUAAGGCACAGCUUCGCCUUGUGAACCAAGAUGCAGACCUAAUCGCAUGCGCAAACAUAACCCUCAAUUUGAAGUGA